GUUACCGUCGUUGUGUGGCAUAAUUUGGCGGCGAUCGUUGAUCGUCCCUCAACUCACGAAACCGCUCUCUGACGCCUAUUUUACCUUGUUCCUUGCAUUUCGCUCAAAAUCAGAAGAAAGCAGCUUGAUUGCCUGUAGUGGUCACGUGUUUUCAUUCGCCGGUACGAAAUAGAAGUCUUCGAUUUGUUCUCUCUAACAGUGUCGUCCACUAUGUCGGUUAGCUCUCUACCAAUUAGUGUGUUCCCCCUGCAAUCAAGGACGUGCCCCGUCACGCUCGCAUCACCGAUAAUAAUACCCACGCCGAAUCUACAAUGGAUGGUUCUAUCCUGGAUGAGGUCCGAAAUGUACCGUUUAUAUCUCUUGACGCGUUUCAGCGCACCGUCCUUCCCAAGGUCAUCAGCCCCACACAAAUCGAUGACAUUACCACUCGUUUACAAGCCAACGGACAUCUUCAACCGAGCGGACGAUGGACUGUGUUCCCUACCGAUCCUUGCAUGGAAACGAACGAGAAUACGUGUUUUAAACGUCUCGAAACCAUCGCUGCGGCUAUUGUCAAAGAGGCAAAGAGUUUGCUGCACCGCGAUCCGACUGCGGUAAUGCAGACCCGGCCAACGCAAGCCGCCCUUUCUGAAGGUCGUAACGGGCAGUUUAUAUCUGACGGACACUACGCGUUGUGUGAGUCCAAGGGUGCCCGCGUUGUAAGUGACGAGUCGUCUACCCGGUACGGAAAACCGUGCCCAUAUGAACGCAAGGCUGCAUUGGCAUGCGACCGUGUUGCAAUUGAGGAAUACAAGCUCAAGGACACUUGGGAAGACGAAAACGAUAAUAACAAGAAAAUUCUUGGGAAUGCGGCCCAGAUGAUGUAUGCUGAUCCCUGCCGACGAUUCAUGUUUGGAAUGACGAUCGCGAAUACUACGACCCGGCUUUGGUUCUUCUCAAGAGCUAUUGUGCUCGUAUCGGAGCCCUUUGAUUUAAUUUUGGAGUACCGUCACUUGAUACACUACGUUGUAUCGAUGUCGUUUGGAAGCACAGAAGACCUAGGCUACGAUUCUUCAAUUACGAGAGUAGCAGUCCCGCUCAAAGCCAGUCCAGCUCGUUAUCGGAUUCAGUAUGACUAUCUCAUCGACGGGGAGACGUACCGGACAGUUGAAUGCCUGAGCUCUUUUCGAGCAUCUUAUAUUUCAUCUCGUGCGACUAGAGUGUGGACCGUUCGAAAACUCGGGGAUCGGAAGAAUCAGGAAUGUGCGCUCAAGGACUGUUGGAUACCCCUCGCCUCGCGGAUGGAGAGCGAGAUUCAGAAGGAUAUCUUCGAGCGGAUCGAAGCCAAUGAUCCUGAGGCGAAGAAGGAUCCCUCCCUCUAUAAGCAGUACUUCAUGGAAAUCAAGGCAUGCGAGGUGGUGACUCGCACCGACAAAACGGAAGAUGUCAUACCACCUCUAUCGGACGCAUACCGUAUGUAUGAUGUAAAACGUCGGCUGAGGUCUUCUGCGGCAUCGAAACGGUCGACAUCGAUUCUCUUAAAUACUGCUGAUCCCGUAGGAGGCCAUUUAUCUGGUCGAAUUCAACAACAUCAUCCACAGCGGGAGUAUACUGGAUGUAAACAUGUUCGAGUUCUGUUCUCCGAAGUUGGUACUCCCCUUGACAAGGUCCAGGAUCAGCAACUGCUAUUCACUGGACUCCUUCAUGCCUCUAAAGGGUUGAGAUAUCUAUACAUCGCUUCCUACGUGCACAGAGACAUAUCGUCAGGGAAUAUUUUACUUUGUUCAGGGAAGAGAGGAAAGAUAUCGGACCUGGAAUAUGCCAAGCUGUUUUUGACUGAGGAUCCAAAGAGCGAUCCCAAAACAGGAACGCCCAUUUUCAUGGCGGCGGAGGUUCAAUGUAAACAGUAUCUCUUCGAAACAACGGAAGAGGACGACGUCGCCGCCGUGGCCUCGGGAAUGGACUCGUUCUUCGCGGCCCAACAAGUUGUCGCGGCGCUGGGGUUACUUCCUACACCCUUCCUUCAUAAUUUCUAUCAUGACACGGAAUCGCUUUGGUGGAUCGGCGUUCACUCCUUAUUUACCACGGAGCCUCCGGCAAUAGAAAGGGAUCAAGACACCCAGCAGCUACAGAGGGAACACUUUAAUGCCCUAUUCUCACAUUACGCCGAGGGGUCUAAUGCACGCUUUAGCUUUCUCAAUCAUCCAAAACAAUAUAUUGCUCUGACUUCAUGUCUUCCCGACAAAUUUCAGGCUGUAACAGCAGCACUCGGGUUCUUUCGCAAACUCCUCUGCGCCGCGUACAGAUCUGCGGAGGCUCAGGAACACUUUCCCAAAUACGAACACUUUGCCGAUCCGUUCAAAGAACAAUAUUUUGAACGAAUCCUGGAGAAGGCAGCUAUGGGAGCUAUCACGGACAUUCAACCCUUUCAACUGGAAGACCAGCCCGCACAUGAAGGCAUUGAGGAUGCUGAGGUCGAAUGGGCUCUCGAUGGUCUUAAAGAAGAGAACUAUGCCGACUAUGACCCUCCUGAAAACGAUGUCGACGAUUCUGGUGAAUACGUCCCUCCAAGGGAUACUGCAACUAAGAAGUCUAUUGACGAGGUUGAUAAAGACGAGGGUUCGAAUGAGGAACGCGCGCCGAAGGUUCGGCGGACCGGAGAGAACAGUGAUUUUGCUGCUUCUCAGUCUGCUACCAAGUGAUAUGAUAGGCCGAUCUAUGCGGUCAAACAGGACAGACGUUGGAAAUGGGCCAGUCGUUGGGUCGGUUAGGUAGAGAAGAUGAAGAAGGUGUAGCAUCAGGUUCUUCCAGAUGGAGUAAAUUUAUGUACUAUUCUUAUUGUAAUUCGACGCUGGAAAAAAAAUAUGUGAACGAAUGAGCUUGAGUUCACGGACAAGUGUGGUGAGGAAGGUGUCAAAUGACGCGAGAUGAUCCAGAAGGACGUG